AUGGUAAUUUAUAAUUCAAUUAGAAUUUGCAUAAAGAUAAAUAUGAGACCUCAGUAUAGAGAAAAACCUUCCCCUGAAGAGUGCGAAGAAUUAAAAAAGCUUGGUCUUGAAAAUGAUGAUAUUAAUGAAGCGUUUAUUCCUUUAGAUUUAUCCGAAGAAAAAGUCCCAUUCACUUGCAUCAAAAAAAUUCUUGAGUGCCCUCUCUGUGGGCAGAUUCUAACUCCCCCCUCCGUGAGCGAAUAAAACCAUUGGAAAAAUCCCUAUUUUUUGCCCAAAAAACUCAAGAUAAAUUUUUUAUGAAAAAAAAAUUUGAUAUAUAAGUGAUAAUUAGUAUAAUGAAGUCUAUAGCUAAUUCUGUUUAAUUUUUUUUAAAAUUGCGUUUAAAACAUAAAUUUUAUAAAUUAAAUUAAUAUUUACUCCCCCUCCUCCGUGAGUGAACAAAACCAUUAGAAAAAUCCCUAUUUUUUGCCAAAAAACCCACCCUCCGUGAGUGAACAAAAAUUUUUUUAAUAGAAAAAUUUUUUUAUGGAAAAAAAAAAAUUAAUAUAUAAAUGAUAAUUAGUAUAAUGAAAUCUAGAGCUAAUUCUGUUUAAUUUUUAACGAAUUGCUUUUUAAAACAUAAAUUUUAUAAAUUAAAAUUAAUAUUUGCUUUCCAAUUUUUGCGAAUUAGGAUUUUUUUAAAUUUCGAAAAAAAAAUAUUUUUUAUAAAAUUUAUAUUUAAAAAAAAAAAUCAAACCCCCUCCGUGAGUGAACAAAAUUUUUUUGUUCACUCACGGAGGGGGGGGGAAUUAGGAUUAUUUAAAAUUUCGAAAAAAAAAAAUUUUUUCUAUAAAAUUUAUAUAUAAAUUUAUUUAAAAAAAUUAACCCCUCUCCGUGAGCGAACAAGAUUUUUUUUUCGCUUAUGAGGGAAGGGAGUAAGAGAUCCAUUGAUUUCCAAGCUGUGUGCUCAUAUUUUCUGUAUGGAAUGCAUUUUAAUGCAUUUAAAUACAAGCCAAAUUAAGGAUUGUCCGAAAUGCCAUGUUCCUUUAGACAACGAAUCAAAUUUAGAUCCUGCGUAUUUUAUUGAAAGCAUUUUAGCAAAGAUUAUACAAAGUUCAGAAAAUGCAGCAAGAGGAGAUUAUGAUAUAUAA